ACGAUCGCUACCUUGCGUGCUAUCUGCUCCUUGUAUAUACAGCCGACGCUCUUGUCCUCUGUUCGUCCUUCCGCCACGCUCCAGCCGUCGUCUCUCGUUCUCUGUUCCUCGUUCCGCGUCAACUCCACCCGCCGCUGCCGUUGCUCCCGUCGCUCGCCAUCAAUCGCCAUCGCCAUCGCUUUGCUUGUUGCUUGCUUGCCGCGUCGCCGCUGUACUUCCUGAUGGCUCCUCUCGCUGCUGCUAUUGCGUUUGGUUAGGGGUGCCUGUGGCUGCUUUGUCGUGCGUCCGUGCGGCUGUUUGUUCCUUCUUUCCGAGGAAUUGGCGUGAUCAGUUGAUAAUCAAGUUUACCUUGUUAUUUGAUCUGCUGGGCAUAUCGACUCUGCGGUAAGGUACGGUUGCCACUCGUUUUAUCUGGGUUGAGUUACUUGCAUUUCGAUUGUGUGUGCUUACUCGCACUUAUUUUUCUUCCACCGGCUGUGAUAUUUAUACGCAUACAAAAACAGGGAAUUUGAAUUCCACUGAUCCUGAUUUCGAUCGUGCUGCUGCACGUAGUCGAACUGUUUCUCGACACCGUAACAGAGUGGCAGCACGCCUUGCCCUGUUCCAAAGUGCGCUACGGUUUGACAUGAUCAUAGGUUAUUCUUCUCCUUAGGGUAUUACGUUCUCUGCGAUGUGAACUUAUGUGCAAAUCACUUGUUUAGGCGCCUUGAAUUAUGUACCCGGAUCAUCAUCCUCUGGUGCUAAUGGUGCAUUUAUGGGUACGGAUCAUCAACAUUCUAAUUCAAGACUAUUAUGGUAGUGCCCUUUUAACAUAUAUUACGCCAUAGGAGGUGGUUUCUUUCCGGUUGUCUCAGAUACAUACAGCCAGUUAAGGCGCCAUCAACGAAUGCAAAAGAGAAAAAUGCGUAUCUGGCGUCGAUCAGGUCUGCCCUGCUUGUGUCGCCUUGUGAUCAACUGUAAAAGAACACCUAGGUCAUUAUCAAACUAUGCUAAAUUAGUUAUUUCGUUUGUUUGAAGGUUACCCCUACCAGACUACAUCUACCACAUGCUCUCUGUUUUCUUCUGAUUACACAGAGUUUUAAAAAGGUAUUUUUGUAGUCAAGGUCAUAUAGCUUAGACACUUUCUGAAAACAUCUAAUGCAUUCUCUCUACAGCAUCGUAUAAAAAGAGGUCAUAUCUGGGAGCGCCCGAGUACACAUGCCAGUUCUGUGGCGCUGUGUUUUGGUUCCGCGAGAGAUGUAAAAAAGAAACGUGUGUGCCUGAGCUCCGUAUCAUAUAUAACCUAUGCUGCAAGGGCGGUAAAGUGUCAAUGCCUGCUUUCAAAAACCCACCACCUUUUCUGUCAGAACUACUUAGGUUUGAUGGUGAUUCAUGUUCUAAGCAAUUCUUGGAUAAAAUCAGACAAUACAAUUCCCUUUUUGCUUUCACCUCCAUGGGAGCAGAUAUUGAUAGACAUAUUAAUGAAGGUGGUGGUCCAUAUGUAUUUAAAAUUCAUGGUCAGGUAUAUCACCGUAUUGGAUCACUUCUGCCAAAUAGAGGUGCAACUCCAAAAUUUGCCGAGCUGUAUAUUCAUGACACACAAAAUGAGGUCUCAAAUCGAAUUAAUGCCGUGAUGAACGAAGAUAGUGAAAAAGAUUGUGGUAUUGACAGAGACAUAGCUGAUGGUUUGAUGAAGAUGCUUGAUGAGUUUAAUCCUCUUGUACAAACAUUUAGAAUGGCUAGAGAUCGACUUCAAAACCAAGGCGAGGAAAGAAUUGCUAUUAGAAUAGUUGGUGCGGAAAAAAAAUGACUCAGUGCAAUAUAACCUCCCUACGUGCAAUGAACUUGCUGGACUAAUUAUUGGUGAUUUUGGUGUGGAAAAUUAUAAACGUGAUGUUAUUGUUGAUAGUAUGGAAAAAGGACUACACCAUGUGUCUAGCCUCCAUCCUGCUUUCAUGCCGUUGCAGUACCCUUUAUUAUUCCCGUAUGGUCGACGAGGAUUUCAGCUCGGCAUACCUCACAGAGACAUAGACUUAUCACAUUCUAUAGAUAUCACAAGUGACCUCCCAGUUCCUGAGGGUAGAAGUCGUGUGUCGAUGGUAGAGUAUUACUGCUACUGCUGUCAUUAUAAAAAAAAAUCAAUUCAAUCCGUUUCUUUGCUGCGAAAGAUUAUCUUCACAGUCCCAGGUUGACAGUUUUGCAAGUGUUGAAGAAGGCAGGCUAACAUACAUAGCAGAGCACCAAGACGACUUUAGAUGCGAACAUUUCCAAGGUGUUGCUGACGCUGUUGGAUAGGGUCAUCUUGACGGUAGCAGUAUAGGUAAAAAAAGAAUUGUCCCUACGGCCUUCACGGGUGGAGAUCGCUAUGGGCAACAAAAUUUCCAAGAUGGUGUUGCAAUAUGCCGUGUUUUUGGUCCACCUCAUUUAUUUGUCACCUUCACGUGUAACCCAAAGUGGGCUGAGAUCAAAGAUGCCCUUGUAUUUGAGCCUGGACAAAAAAGCACAGAUCGUUCUGAUCUUGUGGUUCGAGUCUUCAAGCUCAAGAUGGAGCAGUUCAUGAAAGGAAUCAUGAAGGGUCGAACAUUUGGUCCUGUAUGCGCGGGUAGCUAUUCUCGCCACAAUUCAGUCAUGAACAACCCCAUAGCUCUAGAGUGGUUGCACUAACACUUACGUUUAAUUUGCAUAGUAUUAUACAAUGUGGAGUUUCAGAAGUGCGGUCUGCCGCACAUACACGUCCUCGUCUGGCUUCAGGGUAGGACGGGCGCAGGUGUAACCGACCUUGUUGACAUGUACAUCUCAGCUGAGAUUCCCGAUCCAGGAGUGGAUCCUCUUGGUUAUGCGUUAGUCGAAGAGUUUAUGAUGCACGGCCCCUGUGGUGUAGCUAAUAAAAACCGCCCUUGCUUGAAAGAUAAGGUGUGCACAAUUUUUUUUUCCAAAAGACUUCCAGAGUGAAACCACUGUUGACGAUAAGGGCUUUGUCAUGUAUAGACGUCGUGAUUCUGGUAUAAAAAUAAAUAAGAAGGGCACUGAACUUGAUAACAGACAUGUUGUUCCGUAUUGUAUGAAACUGUUAAAGAAAUUCCAAGCUCACAUCAAUGUAGAGUGGUGCAAUAAAAGUGAGGUCUUAAAGUAUCUUUUCAAAUACGUGACCAAAGGAACAGAUCGUUCAAACGUUGUUUUCACAAAAUACAAAAAGAGGAAACAUGGUGCUGCUGAUGAUGCUAAUGACGUGCCAGAAAGUUCUUCUGCCACAAAACGUACAAAGGUUGAGCUGAGGGGAAAAUUAGGUGCUAAAAAAUAUGAAAUAGAUGAAAUAGCUAAUUUCCUGAAAGCUCGAUAUCUUUCUGACAAAGAAUCUCUUUGGCGAAUGUAUGGUUACGAUAUACACCACCAUUACCCUGCUGUUGAACGUCUUGCCUGUCAUCUUCCAAACAUGAACAAUGUUAUCUUUAAAUCGACCACCAACUUACCAUCAUUAGUUUCUACACCUUUCCUUUAACGAACAUCCCUCACUGCGUGGUUCGAAGCAAAUACACAGUUUCCACAGGCUAGAUGUUUGACAUAUUGUGAGUAUCCACGACAUUUUGUUUGGAUUUCAGAACGCCGUAAGUGGGAUGAAAGACGAAAUGGUACAAAGAUAGGCCGCAUGUACCACGUACCUCCAAAUGUCGGUGACUGUUAUUACCUACGAAUGCUUCUUAUGUAUGUGAAAGCAGCUGAGUCGUACGAAGAUGUGAGAACCUUUGAAGGUAUUGUAUAUGACACAUUUAAAGAAGCGUGUUCUGCAAGAGGUUUGUUAGGUGAUGAUCAAGAGUGGAUAAAAGCUUUUGAUGAAGCUGUUCGCUGGGGUAUGGGCCGACAGAUUCACUCACUUUUCGUUAUGAUGUUUAUCUACUGUGGUAUAGGUGACGAGCGUGCUUUUUUUGAAAAAUAUUGGCAAGCUAUGGGCGAUGAUAUAGUAUACAACUUGCGACGCAAUUUAAAUAAUAAGUCAUACAAUGUGCCCGAUGACUCUUUAAAACACAUGGUUCUACAAGAACUGCAUGAAUUGUUCCUAAAAAAUGGUCAUAGCCCAUCGAAUUACAACUUGCCUCCUCUUGUUGACAGCAGUUCAGAUGCAUUUGAAAAUUGACUGGUUGAUGAAGAACUAUCAUAUAAUGUACCGGAGCUAUUGGUUCAAAGCCCAAUCCUAUAUGAACGGCUAAAUACUGACCGACGCAUUGCAUACCAUCGUAUUGUCGAUAGUGUCACCACUGGCCCAGCAGCGCUGUACUUUGUGUCUGGCUAUGGUGGAACCGGCAAAACCUUCCUAUGGACUUCUAUUACCACAUACCUAUGAUCAAAACGUUUGGUUGUUCUUACAGUUGCAUCUUCCGGUGUUGCAUCAUUGCUUCUUCCUGGUGGAAGAACAACACAUUCACGAUUUAAAAUACCCAUUGACAUAGAUGAAAUCACCAUUUGUGAUAUGAAACGUGGUACAAUGCUUGCGCGAUUGAUCAAAUCAGCUGCGCUUAUAAUAUGGGACGAAGCUCUAAUGAGCCAUCGGCGUUGCUUUGAAGCAGUUGAUAGAUCUAUGCGUGAUGUGCUUUCUGAAGAUAACCAGGAAUUAGCUUUGCUUCCUUUCGGAGGCAAGGUAAUGGUGUUGGGUGGUGACCUUAGGCAAAUAUUACCCGUUGUAGAAGGUGGUGUAAGAAGUCAAACUGUUAAUGCAGCAGUCACAAGUUCACAUUUAUGGGCACAUGCACAAGUUUUGCACUUAAACAUUAACAUGAGAUUAAAAGCACCAUCCCUUGACCCAAAUUCUGCUGUCCAGUUAGCACAUUUCAGUGACUUUGUUUUGGCUGUUGGUGAUGGAACAUUCCCUGCAGUUCGUAGAGGUGAUGAAACCGAAGCAUCUUGGAUAGAACUUCGUUUGGAUCUUAUGAUCAUGGAAGGUGAUAAUAAGAUACGUGCAAUGAUAGAAGCUGUCUAUACUGACUUUCCUGAUAAAUUUAUGGAUCCAACAUAUCUUUGUGAUCGUGCGAUAUUAUGCCCUACACAUGACGUAUGUGAUGAGAUCAAUGAUGUUAUGCUAACUAUGGUUCCAGAGCAAGCUAGAGAAUACUUAAGUUAUGACUGCGUCUCAAAAAUUUCUGAAAAAUUUAGUGAUAUGGAAGCUAUUUACUCAAUUGAAUACUUGAACAUGCUUAGUGUCAACAAUUAUCCAGAGCAUCGUUUGGUUCUGAAAAAAGGUAUCCUGAUUAUGCUCCUGCGAAACCUGAAUCCAAGUGAUGGUCUUUGUAAUGGCACACGAAUGCUGAUCACAGACUUAGGAGAUCGGUUGAUUGAAGCAAGGAUUCUAACUGGUUCCAACGUAGGUGAAACUGUUUACAUCCCUAAGAUCAUGCUUUGCACCAAAAACAAAAAAUGGACAUUCAGUCUAGAACGCCGUCAAUUUCCAAUAAGAGUUUGUUAUGCAAUGACCAUCAAUAAAAGUCAGGGGCAAUCUCUUAAUGUGGUUGGACUUUAUCUUAGAAACACUGUGUUCUCACAUGGGCAGCUCUACGUAGCUCUGUCCUGUGUCACAUCAAGGGCAGGUCUGAAAAUUGUGAUAGAAGAUGAUAAGCAGAAUUACACAAGGUGGACAAAAAAUAUUGUCUACCGUGAAAUAUUUGGAUCACUGCAGUAAUUCAAAGAUGUACACUAGUACAGUAUGUAUAUGUCAAUACUGUAUAGAUAUUAUCGUUGCACAGAAAUGCUUGUCUAUUUUCUACACUCACCUACUAUGACGUUUACUCAAUUUUCUUGGGACCCGCACUUCUAUUAUAUUGGUGUGACGCCCCAAGACCGGCGCUUCAGAUGCCUUCCAGGGUCUCCGGGUUUCGUCGUUUGUUUUGUUUGGUUCGUUGCAUCAUGUGCAUUACAUCAUGUCAUCAUGCCAUCUUUUCUCAAAGCUAACUAAAACUCUCUUAAAUAAAUUGUGUGGAUCUUCGAUCCAUUUAAAUCGAGGGAGUUCACAAGGUGAAAUUCUCUUUAUAACAUAUAAAAAUCUCCUACUAUUUUAGGGAGCUAUAUUGAAAUAUUCCAUUAGUGUGGAACCACCCUCAAACACACUUGCAGUUUAAAUUAUAUGCCUUUCAUGAUUUACUUUCCAACCUUCUCCAAACCCUAUGCCCAAUUCUUUCCCUAACCGUUGCUCUUCUCUCUUUUUCUCCUUUUUUUUUUCUAUAAGAGAAGAGAAGUAAUGAGAGAGGGAGCCCAGCUACCAACCCAUUUGGCCAAGGCCUCUCGCAGCCCAUCAGCCAGCCCACCACCAAAGUGGCCCAAGGUCCACCUGCUAACCCUAGCCCGACAACAUCUCCCUCAUUUCCCUCUAGUGCGCCGCCACCUCCCACGACAACAGCGAGCCCCGCUCGAUCCCCUCGCGCACCCCAUCUCCCUCGAACCCCUCCUCCUCUUUCGUUCCUCCCAGCGCCGCUAGGAGAGCACCGCACGCACACGCAACCAUCGCUCGGUCUUCUCCUCUCGCUCGUCUCCUCUCCCCUUCCUUCGUUCCUCUCGCCCGUGAACCAUCUCCGCCUGAUCUCCACCUCUCCUCUUGCUUCUCCUCGAGCCAGGGGACGAGCCCCCGCGCCCGAUCCCCCCAGCGCCGCGGCGACGACCGAGCCGUCCCCGGCAAAGCCCCUUCUCCUCCACCUCUCUGCGCCUCCUCGCGCGCGCCGUGACCACCCCUCAGGGCCAACAUCACCGCCUCUGCUUCGUCGAGCAGCACCAUCCACCAGGCCGCCGCAUCACCAGGAGCUCUUCUUGCCCCAUGCGCCGCCGGCCGUCCAUGGUCGCAACCCCGUGUGCUCCGCCGCCCUGCGCCUCCGCCUCACCGGACCUGCUCCAUCCUCCGCUGCUGCCGCGAGCCCACCAUGGCGCUGCUGCUGGGCUUGCCUCCCGCUGGCCCCUGCUGAUGCCAUGGCCGCCUCGUCAGCAGCUUGCCUCAGCCUCUCGUGCUACCCCGCCCGGUCUAGCCUCGGCUCCGCUAGCCCCCUGCAUCGCUUCCUCACCAGGAGCUGAGCUCCAUCCAGUUCGGCGCCACUCCCUGUACAAGUUCAAUUGCAUCGGUUCGCCUAGGUUGUUCGUCCUCUACUCGCAGCUCCAUCCAUGGCAGCCUCUGUUCGUUGACCACCGAGACUGAGGCCCUUUUGUGUUGCUUCGCUUUGGAUGCGCCAAGAUCGUCUCCGACAAGUGUAUGACUACAUGGUGACUCGUGUGUACCACUACCGUCGCCCCGAAGACGUUGGAGUCAUCAAGUACCCCUCCGAACGAAUGUGAACGACUACCAUCGCAAGAACGGGACCGGCGGGUCCGAAGACCCCAAGUACCACGAUAACCCCGAAGGGAGACGAGUUCGUCAAGUUCAUCUUCGAAACGUGUACCACUACCGACGACUGAGACCCUGGAUUCGACAAAUUCCUCACGGUGACCCUGAACAUCUACUGGACAUGCACGACUUCGAACCGUGUACCACGUCGAACAUGUACGGCUACACGACGAACCGCCUAUACCCUGAACGACUACCGCCGCCGAAGUUCGCGAGUAUAACUACUUCCACAACGCGUCGUGUACGACUAUCGUCGCUUGGGUUUGACAAGACUCCGAGUACCACUACGUUUGCCAGGUACAACUACACCAAGUCCGGACCGACCAGUGCCUUGAGAACGUCUGUACCUCUUCCGUCGCCGAGGAUCGAAAGUACCACUACGUCCCAUCGAACUCGAACCGUCUCGUUUGCACGCUUCGAAGGUAUAACCACCGAGAUGACCGUCCGUGGGUGAAUGCUUGCGAUGUAUGAGUUGCACCCUAUGUUUGCACCGUGUUCGAGUUGUCACUUGCUUGGUCCUCAUUGCCAUGCCGUCCAUCCGUGGGAACCCGGAAUCCGGGAUCACCCCACCAUCUUUUGCAUGCAUCCGCACACUUCUCCUUUGCAUCGGUAUCUCAAUCGAGUUACCGGAACCGGAACGCUGCCGUGGCACCGUUUUCGUUAACGUUGCCGUGGCACCGUUUUCGUUAUCGUUGCCGUGGCACCCCUUUUCUUUCCACCACGGUGACAAAUGCUUCAUAAUGCUUUUGUCAAAAUUUUAUUAAAAAUUGCAUAACUUGCACAUGUCAUCCGCAUCAUGAUAACAACAUUUAAAAUGCUUAAAUUGUUGUUUGCAUUUAAAUGGCUAAAUGCAUAUGAGGAUUGUCCGGAAUUGUUGUUCGUUGUUUCCGGCCUCAUUUAAACUUGACUAGAUAGGUAGUUUUACUUUGCUUCACCCUCUUACCAUGUUUAACAACAUUUAAUAUUGUUGGGUACAUAAACGAGCUCCACUUAAUUUGUAGGUUUGUUUUGUGCAUUUUGCCCUGCCUCUUUUAACCAGACAUGCAUCAUACUUGAUUGUGCAUCAUGCCAUGUUUAUGUGGUGGUUGUUUAUUAUGUUGUUUGCUUCUUUCCGGUGUGCUUCUUCGGGUUGGUUCCGAUAACGUCGCGUUUGUGAGGAUUCGUUCGACUACGUCCGUUUAUCUUCUUCAUGGACUCGUUCUUCUUCCUUGCGGGAUUUCA